AUGUUAGGAAACAAUGUUAAGAGUCAUGCUAGAAAAUUGGACCUCACACUGGAGUCGAAUCUCAAAGCUGCAACAUCACUCAGGUAUCGAGAUGGAUACCUCACACUGGAGUGGAAUCUCAAAACUAAAACAUCACUCAGGUACCAAAACGAAUACCUCACACUGGAGUGGAAUCUCAAAGCUGCAACAUCACUCAGGUACCAAAAAGAAUACCUCACACUGGAGUGGAAUCUCAAAGCUGCAACAUCACUCAGGUACCAACACGAAUACCUCACACUAGAGUGGAAUCUCAAAGCUGCAACAUCACUCAGGUACCAAAACGAAUACCUCACACUGGAGUGGAAUCUCAAAGCUGCAACAUCACUCAGGUACCAAAAAGAAUACCUCACACUGGAGUGGAAUCUCAAAGCUGCAACAUCACUCAGGUACCAACACGAAUACCUCACACUAGAGUGGAAUCUCAAAGCUGCAACAUCACUCAGGUACCAACACGAAUACCUCACACUGGAGUGGAAUCUCAAAGCUACAACAUCACUCAGGUACCAAAACGAAUACCUCACACUAGAGUGGAAUCUCAAAGCUGCAACAUCACUCAGGUACCAACACGAAUACCUCACACUGGAGUGGAAUCUCAAAACUGCAAUAUCACUCAGGUACCAAAACGAAUACCUCACACUGGAGUCAAAUCUCAAAGCUGCAACAUCACUCAGGUACCAACACAAAUACCUCACACUGGAGUGGAAUCUCAAAGCUGCAACAUCACUCAGGUACCAAAACAAAUACCUCACACUGGAGUGGAAUCUCAAAGCUGCUACAUCACUCAGGUACCAAAAACAAAUACAUCACACUGGAGUGGAAUCUCAAAGCUGCAACAUCACUCAGGUACCAGCACGAAUACCUCACACUGGAGUGGAAUCUCAAAGCUGCAACAUCACUCAGGUAUUGACAUGGAUACCUCACACUGGAGUCGAAUCUCAAAGCUGCAACAUCACUCAGGUACCGACACGAAUACCUCACACUGGAGUGAAAUCUCAAAGCUGCAACAUCACUCAGGUACCAACACGAACACCUCACACUAGAGUGGAAUCUCAAAGCUGCAACAUCACUCAGGUACCAACACGAAUACCUCACACUGGAGUGAAAUCUCAAAGCUGCAACAUCACUCAGGUACCAACACGAAUACCUCACACUGGAGUGGAAUCUCAAAGCUGCAACAUCACUUAGGUACUGACACGGAGAUUACAUCAUGGAGAAGAAAAGAGGAAACAGUCUCAGAGGCCGCCUUUAAGAGCAAACCUGACAUGUCAGACCUGGAUGUCGGUGACUCCAACGACAAUGACCAUGAUGGAAUGGAGAUGUCUGGAGACCUUAAAAAGGGUGUUAUUUUUUUGUCAGACAUUUACUGUGAAUAAAAACAGAAUCAAG